AGAUCUGUUUAAUCCGAAUUACUCUCAGUCACACACGACUAGAGACGGACCAAUUCCUAAUCUGUCAAAACAGAAAGCACAAGAUACACCCACGAGUACUUGUCUUUCUUAAGCUCUCAAGAACAAACCUCUUGCUCUAGCUUUUCAAUCAAAAACGGCUAACCUUAAUCUACACAAAGUAAUCAGGUUAAAUAGCCUUAACACAAUACCCUAGUCGCCUAAAUAUUGUGAUAAGCCCAAAUCUUCCAAAUCUUCUUUGCUUCACGCCAAAGUAAGAUCUUGGAACCAAUGAGACAUUGACACGUCAUCAUCUCAUAACCGACUUGUAACAGCAAGUCACACUUCCUAUAUUGUGCAUAACACAUCCUCUGUUUCUCAUUCCGACAAGCUCCUUUUUCUUGAGCUUACAGAGUACGCUAGUUAUAACCCAGUUGCAUACGACAUAGCAAAUCACUUCUGUGAAAUGGCGGCAAAUUACCAUUCUGACACUCCCCAUAUCUUGGAUUACUCUCUGUACCCAGGAGAAGAAGAACGGAGGAGAUUCAUUGGUAACUAUCUCAGAUCUUCAGGGGAGGACCCUAGAGAAGAAGACAUAGAACAGCUCUUGGAAGAUGCUGAGAAGUACACAUUGGCAAGCCAUCUCUUCUGGGGAUUAUGGGGAAUCAUCUCUGGGCAUGUGAACAAGAUUGAUUUCGAUUACGCUGAGUACUCAAGACAGAGAUUCAAACAGUACCUGAUUCGAAAACCCCAACUCUUGUGUUCCUUUACCAAUAAGAUGUAUGAAUAACUCUUGUUUUUAAACACAAAAUGAUGUAAUGAAAAGUUGUAACCAAAUCUAACCAAU